UACGUUUUCGCCCUUUAUAUAUACGCACGCAUUUGCCAUCCAAGGAGCCUUUUCUCCAAUUUGAAACCCUAGUCUCCAAAUCUUGUCCAUCUACAAAUUCAUCUUGGGUAAGUUUCUGUUUGGAUCUGAACCGCAAUGGCCCGUACAAAACAAACCGCUCGUAAGUCGACUGGUGGAAAAGCUCCCAGGAAGCAACUCGCCACCAAGGCCGCCAGGAAAUCUGCUCCUACAACCGGAGGAGUCAAGAAGCCUCAUCGUUACCGUCCUGGAACCGUUGCUCUUCGUGAGAUCCGUAAGUACCAGAAGAGUACAGAGCUUCUCAUCCGUAAGUUGCCAUUCCAGAGGCUUGUUCGUGAAAUCGCACAGGAUUUCAAGACUGACCUAAGGUUCCAGUCUCACGCUGUGUUGGCUCUUCAAGAGGCUGCAGAAGCCUACCUUGUUGGUCUCUUCGAGGACACUAACUUAUGUGCCAUCCAUGCCAAGAGGGUAACCAUAAUGCCCAAAGAUAUCCAACUGGCGAGGCGCAUUCGUGGGGAGCGUGCUUAGAUUCCUUCACAACUCGAGGGGAUAUGCUUGAUUUAAUUUUUGUUGUAAGGGGUAUGUGUUCUUUACAUACCAAACCUCUGUUCUUGAUUAAGUUGUCAUGUUUUAGGCUGUUGUUUUUGAGAAAAACGUGAUGUAAAUUCUCUAAAGAUUGGGUUAUGGAUAUGGUAUUAAUCUUGGAUUUGAAAUUCUUCUUUGAGUUA